UCUUAUAAAUUGGGUAAAAUGAAUGUAACAACGUCUACAACUAUAGAUACUGGAUCGGAAACAAUAGUUGCUAGUCCACUCUAUUUGGCUUAUGACACAGAUGCCGACUUUAGACUCAGUAUCAGUUUGACAGCUUGUGUUUAUGCAUUAUUGGCCACAUUCGGAAUCAUAUUCAAUACAUGUGUUUGCAUCACUACUGUAAAAUAUAGGUAA